AUGUUUUGGGAGUCCAAUUCCGAGGACUCUGAUCAUGAGCGCGAGCGCGCCAGCUGGGAUCUUACGCCGUUUAUCCGUGGACGCGGACCUCUGCCAUAUGCCGAAGAGGAAUACGACUUCGGCUGGAAGGCGUUGUUACCACCGCGUUGGGUGCGACAUGGCCGGUCUACCCAGGCCGCUAGCGUCGAAAACCUCUGGGCGGCUGAGCAAACGGGAACUGAAGCGCAUGUUGAAGUUGAUACUGGAUCUCCCUCACUCCUGUUCAUGGUUGACGACGCGACGAGCGCCAACAAACUUCCUGCUGGAAGUCUCGACAUAUUCGCGUAUCUAUUGGAAGAGAUCAUACCUCCCGCGAACAAGCUUCCGUUACAAGCUUUCUUUCAUCCGGGUAGGCGUGGCGCUGUUGCAGUGGCCACUGUGACGAGUAUCAUGAGCACAUGCAACCUGUGGAAGGAGACGACAAUGGGCAUGUCAGCCAUAGUCUGGGGCCCGCUGUUAUCUGCAGCUCAUGACGUGGAUGGCUGGAAUACAGCUCUGGAGCGGGCUCGGGAUGCAAAAAUACGCAUUGUCUACCGACGCGGUCUACCGCGUUCUUUGCUCGACGCUCAGAUAGGUCGAGCAAGUGCUAUUUACGCUGAACGCGACUGCGAAUGGCGGCAUUUUGGACGUGUCUUGAGUGAGAGCGACCUUCGGCAGCUCGAGAUCCUGUAUCUGCUCCCAAACAAGACAAGGAUGCCGCACACUGCAUUGCGCAUAUACGGGCCUCUCGACGUACCAUCUCUGCGGAUCUACGUGUCCACGUCUCCACUUCUCAUUGAUGCGCCUCUCCUCUGGUACCGCAGGAUGCUCUUCCAUACGCACGCGCAGAUUGUUUCCGUGCUUCGCAAACUGUCAUCUGUCCCACUGCAAUGGCUGUUAAUCGAGAAGCCAAGGGAAUUGAGCAGGAUGAACAUUACUGCACUUGUUCGAAUGACUUCGACCAGGCGACUAAAGUUCCUGCGCAUAUCUGGCAGCGAUUCGAUGGCUGCUGCCCUCGAUGUGACAAUAGACGUACACCCGUGCCCCAAUCUUGAGAUACUGGACGUGUCUGGUCCUGUAUGGGUUACCUCGCUGAACCUGAACACCGCCAAGAUGUUCAACAUACACCCUACUGAUCUGAUCCGCAUUCUCAGCCACAACCCAAAUGUGACCACACUCAGUGCUUGCUGGCAUCCUAACUGGAUCCUGGACAUUCCGCCCGCAUUCGCGUCGGACGGAGCCUUGGAGGGUCCUAUCGGCAUGCAGUGA